AGAGAGAAUGGGUGAUGUUUCGACACCCAUCUUCAGCUCCAGAAUCCUUGGAAUCAUCUAAGGAGCGAUUCUUAGAAGCCAACCACAAGAGUGCCAAGUCAUUGUUGCUCCAGGAACUGCAGUUGAGUCUAUCUGUUACACCACCUUGUAUGGCCAGGGUUGGGCAGUCUAUAAAUGCAGGCACGGAGCGCACAUCAGCCAGCAGAGCACGGAGGUUCGCUACUCUUCCACUCUCUCCCUGGCUUCCUCUCCAUGGUAGAGGUCGAUCUGUUGGCCUUAGAAUUGGCCCGACGCCUAGAAUCCUUCACCUGUAAAACCCCAUGAGGAGUUCACCUGGAAUUUUGAGCGCUCCCCGAGAGUCGUCUUUUUUCGCCAAUUCCAGGGGUAGGUUUGGGAGUUAUUGCAGCGUUUAGUGAUCAGUAACUGGGUCCGCAGAUUCCCGUGUACUGAGUUUCUCUCCAGCUUUUCGCCGCAGAGUCUCACCAUGCCCAGUGCAACACUGUGGUGUGCACUCGUGUUCCUCGGAGCCACGACGCUCGCUAAAGAGGCUGGCUGCCCCGUGGAGUGCCGGUGCUCGAAGCCCCGGCUUUGCCCGGCUGGAGUGCCGCUGGUUUGGGACGACUGCACUUGUUGCCGGGUCUGCGCCGCUCGCUUUAACGAGAAGUGCGGCGCGCUGAAGCCGUGCGCCCCGGGACUGCGCUGCCAGACGGCAGCCGGGCUGAACCGCAGCCGUGGGGUGUGUAGAGCUGCCACAGCCGGGCGUCCCUGCUCCAAGGAUGGCAGGGUUUACCAGCAUGGCGAGGGGUUCUUGGCCAGCUGCCGGCUGCACUGCCUGUGCCUGGAUGGCAAGGUGGGCUGCAGGGCGCUGUGCCCGCUGCAUCUGCCCCCUCCUCCGGCCUCCUGCCCGCAUCCUCGUCUGGUGCCGGUGCCCAGGACCUGCUGCCGGACGUGGACCUGCCCUGGAGACGUCUUCAAGGAGCUGGAGCUCGGCUGGAACGGAGAGGAAGGGGAAUGGGACAACUCCGGCAAUGAGGUGGUCGACCAGAGACUGGGGGCGAAGAGUGAGUCUGGGUGUGUGUGUGUGUGUGUGUGUGUGUGUGUGUGUGUGUGUGUGUGUGUGUGUGUGUCUAUGUGUGUGUGUGUGUGUGUCCAUGUGUGUAAAGGCAGUGCCUGCCUGAAGACAUACAAGGAGCAGGUGCCCCGGCCGUUUGUGUACAACGGGUGUACCAGCCUGCAGAGUUACCGGCCCAAGUACUGUGGCAUGUGCCAGGAUGGGAGAUGCUGCCUGCCGUCGGAGAGUCGGAGCACCCAGAUUCGCUUCAAGUGCCCUGGCGUGGACUCCAUGGUGGUGACGGUGGCCAAGAUCAAGAGGUGCGCGUGUACCCGACCCCAGGGACUCGCUGCCGGCUGUCCCCGCCCACCCACGGGCAACCACGUCUAGAAGAGGAGUUUGCAGGAUCUCACCGAGCCUCAGGGCUUCGACACGGGUACGAUCCGUUGGGCACCACAGCACGCAGAGGGCCACGCACAUGCACAUGCACACGCACACGCACACGCACACGCAUGGACAUUUUCCCUGGCACCCUUCCCCCCUUCCACCAAACCUCAUCUUUUUAUGUUUUUAACUUAAUUUUACCUACAUUUGUGUGGGGACUUUUGGAGGCAGUGAUGGCAUGAUGGUCUUCAUCGCAAGAGGGUUUGCGUUUAGGAGCAAGUCCGCAGACUGGACUUUCUUUAAAUGUUCAUGGUACAGUAUCCUUACGGCAACCAAAAUAGGAUUAAGCCACAAUGGCUGACUUGGACAGGUUGGGUGAGUGGGCAGAUGCACGGCAGAUGAAGUUUAAUGUGGAUAAAUGUGAGGUUAUCCACUUUGGUAACAAAAACAGGAAAGCAGAUUACUAUCUAAAUGGUGUCACGUUGGGAAAAGGGGAAGUACAACGGGAUCUGGGUGGUCCUUGUUCAUCAGUCUAUGAAAGUAAGCAUGCAGGUACAGCAGGCAGUGAAGAAAGCGAAUGGCAUGUUGACCUUUAUAACAAGAGGAGUUAAGUAUAGGAGCAAAGAGGUCCUUCUGCAGUUGUACAGAGCCCUAGUGAGACCACACCUGGAGCAUUGUGUGCAGUUUUGGUCCCCUAAUUUGAGGAAGGACAUUCUUGCUAUUGAGGCCAUGCAGCGUAGGUUUACAAGGUUAAUUCCCGGGAUGGCGGGACUAUCAUAUGUUGAGAGAAUGGAGCAGCUGGGCUUGUACAAUCUGGGAUUUUAUUGAAACAUAUAAGAUUGUUAAGGGUUUGGACACGCUAGAGGCAGGAAACAUGUUCCCGAUGUUGGGGGAGUCCAGAACCAGGGGCCACACAGUUUAAGAAUAAGGGGUAAACCAUUUAGAAUGGAGAAGAGGAAACACUUUUUCACACAGAGAGUUGUGAGUCUGUGGAAUUCUCUGCCUAAGAGGGCGGUAGAGGCCGGUUUUCUGGAUACUUUCAAGAGAGAACUAGAUUGGGCUCUUAAAGAUAGCGGAGUCAGGGGAUAUGGGGAGAAGGCAGGAAUGGGGUAGUGAUUGGAGAUGGUCAGCCAUGAUCACAUUGAAUGGCGGUGCUGGCUCGAAGGGCCGAAUGGCCUCCUCCUGCACCUAUUGUCUAUUGACAUUGAAUAUCAAGGACUCUCAGUUGAAACAUACUGAGAUCAGAAUGCCUCUGUUAUUGAGGCUGAAGGUAAGCAUGCAGGCACAUCAGGCAGUGAAGAAAGUUAGUGGCAUGUUGGCCAUCAUGGUCUGGUUUGUCUCAGCCACCAAGCACGACAUCCGGAGGCUGCAGCUAAUCGUCCAUUCAGCAGAGAAGGUUAUUGGCUGCAACCUUCCCUCCAUUGAUGAACUGUACACUGCAAGGGCCAGGAAGCGAGCGGGCAAGAUCAUCUCUGACCCCUCUCACCCUGGCCACAAACUCUUUGAAUCACUUCCCUCUGGAAGGCGAGUCCGGACUGUCAAAGCUGCCACAGCCAGACAUAAAAACAGUUUUUAUCCACGAGUAGUAGCUCUACUCAACAGCCAAAAAUCUGUAGCCUCCUUUUGCUCUGGUAUUUUAUUUAAAUCACAUGUUUAAUCGAUAAUGUUUUAUUAUUAAUGUUUAAUGUUUUAUGUGUCAUACCUAACUGUCACUGUAUGUCAUGUUGUCACUUGCGGGCGGAGCACCAAGGCAAAUUCCUUGUAUGUGAAUACUUGGCCAAUAAACUUAUUCAUUCACUUCUUCAUUUGUUCAUGGCGAGAUAAUUUGAGCCUAGGAGCAAGGAGGUCCUACUGCAGUUGGGCAGGGCCCUAGUGAGACCACACCUGGAGUAUGGUUUGCAGUUUUGGUCUCCAAAUUUGAGGAAGGACAUUCUUGCUAUUGAGAGAGUGCAGCGUAGGUUUACCAGGUUAAUUCCCGGUGCUCUGUGAGGCAGCAACUCUACCGCUGCACCACUGUGUCACCCUAUUGAUAUGAACUGACUGAUUCUCCGUUUCAUCGCUGUACCUCUAACCUAAAAUCAAAUCCAAACCGGAGCACCCGAAUGAAGCCCACACGGGUCACAGGGAGGACGUGCAAACUCCACGCCAACAGCGCCCGAGGCCAGGAUCGAACCUGUGAAUCUGGCCCUACCCGCUGCGCCGCCUUCAGGCCCUGUGUUGGUCCGUACAGUCCCACAAGAGUAUGUGAUGAUCUGUGCGACCUUUGACCCACCUGGAGAGAAGCCAUGUUGGAUGAGGCCUAGUUAGUGGUUGCCGGGGCAAAGCCUAACCGCAUAGUGCGGAGAGAAGAUUAGAUCCUUUCUUCAGCUGAAUCACGAGCCCCUAAAGCUCAAGUGACUCCAAUUAGCCAAUUACUAGUUGUGUGCAAGGACAGACAAAAAUGCGUAAGAAAGAACUGCAGAUGCUGGUUUAAAACGAAGAUAGACACAAAAUGCUGGAGUAACUCAGCGGGACAGGCAGUAAUAAGUGACAUUUCGGGUCGAGACCCUUCUUCAGACUGGAUCUUUCAAAAAUCUAUCAUCUAUUUAUUUAUCUUUUAAAUCUAUCUAAUGUUCCAGCCUCUUUCACCCACAGUACAGAAACAUUAUUUU